UCGCGGAGGGACCAUGAUGGCGGCGCUCGGUGCACCAGAAGUGAUCACACAGCUGGAAAGCGCUGCCAAAGUUUUAAUGGCACCGCCGUCCAUGGUCAGCACAGAGCAGAGGCAGCAUGCCGAGCACGUCUUUCUCUCCUUCCGCAAGUCCAAAUCACCCUUUGCCAUUUGCAAACACAUCUUGGAGACCAGCAAGGUGGACUACGUGCUGUUCCAGGCGGCCACCGCUAUCAUGGAGGCGGUGGUGCGCGAGUGGAUCCUGCUGGAGAAGACCAGCAUCGAGUCCCUGCGGGCGUUCCUCCUCACCUACGUCCUGCAGAGACCCAACUUGCAAAAGUAUGUGCGCGAGCAGAUGUUGCUGGCCGUGGCCGUCAUCGUCAAGCGGGGCUCUCUGGACAAAACCGUCAGCUGCAAGAGCAUCUUUCACGAGGUCGGACAGCUCAUCAGCAGCGGCAACCCGGCAGUGCAAACUUUGGCCUGCUCCAUCCUGACGGCGCUGCUCAGCGAGUUCUCCAGCUCAAGUAAGACCAGCAGCAUCGGACUCAGCAUGGAGUUCCACGGCAGCUGCAAGCGCCUCUUCCAGGAGGAGGGCCUUCGCCAGAUCUUCAUGCUGACCAUGGAGGUACUGCAGGAGUUCGGCCGCCGAGAGAACCUCAGCGCUCAGAUGUCGUCCGUCUUCCAGCGCUACCUGGCUCUGGCCAAUCAGGUGCUCAGCUGGAACUUCCUGCCACCCAAUCUGGGGCGCCACUACAUCGCCAUGUUUGAGGCUGCGCAGAAUGUCAUGCUGAAGCCCACAGAGUCGUGGAGGGAAGCGCUGCUGGACACCAGAGUGAUGGACCUCUUCUUCACUGUCCACAGGAAGAUUCGGCAAGACUCGGACAUGGCCCAGGACUCCCUGCAAUGCCUGGCCCAACUGGCCUCUAUGCACGGGCCCAUUUUCCCAGACGAGAGUGCCCAGAUCUCCUACCUGGCCCACCUGGUGGAGGGCCUGCUCAGCAUGAUCAACGGGAUUGAGAUAGAGGACUCGGAAGCAGUCGGCAUCUCCAACAUCAUCUCCAACCUGAUCACUAUGUUCCCGAGGAGCACCUUAACGGCGCUGCCUAGCGACCUCUUCACCUCUUUCAUCAACUGCCUCACGCUGCUCACCUGCUCCUUUGGACGCAGCGCCGCCCUGGAGGAGGUGCUGGACAAGGAUGACAUGGUGUACAUGGAGGCCUACGACAAGCUGCUGGAGUCAUGGCUCACCCUCGUGCAGGACGAGGAGCAUUUCCCUCGUGGCUGCUUCGUCCAGCCUGCCGUCCAGGUCUUCAACUCCUACAUCCAGUGUCAUCUGGCCGCGCCGGACGGCACCCGCAACCUGUCGGUGAACGGAGCGGCGUCCCAUGAGGAGGAGGAGAUCAACGAGCUUCAAGAGGACGACAGAGAGCUGUUCUCAGACCAGCUGUCAAGCAUUGGAACGCUGGGCCGCGUGGCUGCAGACCACUGUAUCCCCCUCCUCACAAGUCUUCUGGAGGACCGCGUCACGCGCUUGCACGGCCAGCUACAGAGGACCCAGCAGCACCUCAUGGCUUCGUCGGACUUCGGCUCAGUGGACCGCAAAGUGCUGGACGACCUCUACGAGGACAUCCACUGGCUCAUACUGGUGUCAGGGUAUCUACUCGCCGAUGACCCUCAGGGCGAAACGCCAAUGAUCCCCUCAGAGGUGAUGGAGUUCUCCAUCAAGCACUCGACCGAGGUGGACAUCAACACCACGCUGCAGAUCCUGGGAUCACCGGGGGAGAAGGCGUCGUCUAUUCCGGGCUUCAACCGCACCGACUCGGUCAUCAGGUUGCUGUCUGCUGUGUUGAGGACCUCCGAGGUGGAGUCCAGAGCCACCAGAGCUAGUCUGACGCAGCUGCUGAGUCCACAGAUGGGAAAAGACAUUGUUUGGUUCUUGAGACGGUGGGCCAAGACUUACCUGCUAAUGGAUGAGAAACUCUACCAGCAGGUCAGCAUACCUUUCAGUACAGCAUUUGGCGCCGACACGGAGGGGGCCCAGUGGAUUGUGGGCUACCUGCUGGAGAAGGUCAUCAACAACCUGUCGGUGUGGAGCUCCGAGACGGAGCUUGCCAACGACACGGUGGAGCUGCUAGUGACGCUGGUGGAGAGGAGGGAAAGGGCCAACAUGGUGGUGCAGUGUGAGAGCUGGUGGAACUUGGCCAAGCAGUUUGCCAGUCGGAGCCCACCGCUCCACCUGCUGUCCAGCUCGGUGCAGAGGACCCUGAUGAAGGCGCUGGUUCUGGGGGGCUUUGCCCAAAUGGAGUCAGACACGAAGCAGCAGUACUGGGCUGAGGUGCUACACCCUCUCCAGCAGCGCUUCCUCAACCUCAUCAACCAGGAGAACUUCGCCCAGAUCAGCCAGGAGGAGGCCGUCAAACAAGAAAUCAUUGCCACCCUGGAGGCGCUGUGCGGCAUCGCCGAGGCCACGCAGAUCGACAACGUGGCCUCGCUCUUCUCUUUCCUCAUGGACUUUCUUUCCAGCUGCAUCGGCCUGAUGGAGGUCUACAGCAACACGCCCGAGACCAUCAACCUCAUCAUUGAGGUAUUUGUGGAGGUGGCUCACAAACAGAUCUGCUACCUGGGAGAGACCAAGUCCAUGAAGCUGUACGAAGCCUGCCUGACACUGCUGCAGGUCUACUCCAAAAACAACCAGAACAGGAAGCGGAGCGACGCGGCGGCUGAGGAGGACCAGUACCAGGACCUCCUGCUCAUCAUGGAGCUGCUCACCAACCUGCUGUCCAAAGAGUUUAUUGACUUCAGCGACACAGAUGAGGUGUUCCGAAGCCAAGACCAAGGAACGCCGGCCUCCAGUCGGCCCAUCUCAGCAGCGGAUGUCGUCCUCUACGGCGUCAAUAUCGUUCUUCCCCUCAUGUCUCAGGACCUUCUCAAGUUCCCAUCUCUGUGUAACCAGUACUACAAGCUCAUCACCUUCAUCUGCGAGAUCUUCCCCGAAAAGAUCCCACAGCUGCCUGAAGACCUCUUCAAGAGCCUCAUGUUCUCACUGGAGCUCGGAAUGACCUCUAUGGGUUCCGAGGUUAGUCAGCUGUGUUUGGAAGCUUUGUCACCGCUGGCUGAACAGUGCGCCAAAAACCAGGAGAAGGACACGCCCCUUUUCAUGGCCACCCGCCACUUCCUCAAGGUAGGAGACACAGCAAGUUUCCUGGAAAAAUACACAGUCAACUGGUGUUCGACAUGUUGGUGCUACAAAAACACAACGCUGAGAUGUCGGUGGCUGCAGGAGAGGCACUUUACACUCUUGUGUGUCUGCACCAGGCGGAGUACUCUGAGCUGGUGGAGACACUGCUGUCGUCGCAGAGGGACGCCGCCAUCUACCAGCGUCUGGUGGACGCCUUCAACAAGCUGAGUGCCAGCAGCACGCCGCCCGCCAUGGACCGCAAGCAGAAGCUGGCCUUCCUCAAGAGCCUGGAGGAGUUUGUGGCCAACGUGGGCGGCUUGCUCUGCGUCAAGUAACCACUGGAAUCCCAUAAAUGCCUCCAUGACCCCGCCUGCUCCCGAUGAACAAUGUGUAGGGGCGGGGGACACGCCGCCGUGCUCGAGCCGCCGGGGGACGCCGGUCUAACUGGCCACGGGAACUGGACUGCAGCGCAGAUGGGUUCAGAGGUCACACCAAACACACACACAUGAAAAUGUGUUAUAGGAACGUGAGCAAGAUGUAUGAUUUAUUUUCCGACGUGAUGUUUUUGUAUGCAUUUGGACCGUCGCAUUUUGACAAAAUGUAUGAACACACACAUCUCCCCAGAGUGCCUUUGUGCUCGUGUGCGCACCACCCGGCCCCUCUAAAAUAGUCGCGCACACAUCAGCUGCCGCCGUGGCAACAAAGACAUGUCUGCAGGUGUGUGGAAAAAAAAUAAAAGUUGCUCUCGGAGGAACGUUGAGUCCACAGACUGCAAUGUUUUGACACACCACGAGGGGGCAGCACGUUGAUGAUAGCGCUCGUGUUUGGCUGAAGAGAAGAAAGCGUGUUUGACUUUCAUCAAGAGCUACGUGGAUCGAAGAGGAAAGGUCACAGUCGUAUUUCUCUACCGUAGCACACCCUCCACACCAAAUGAGACUGAAUUGAAAUAAAAGGAGCAGAGCCACUUAGCAACCAUGGCUGUUUGUGAACCACCUUUAAAAGUGUACAUAAAAAUGUUGUAUAAAGCCUGUCUGGCCUCUUCCUUUACAAAAUAGGAGGCGUUAUUGACCUUUUUAUUGUUUUUGCUACUGCUAUUUUAAAUGCAUUGCUCUUAUUAGAGUUACUAGUUUUUAUUGUUUCAAUUGGAAUGGUUUGGUUUAAAGGGGUUUUUGCUGUGUGCUGUUGUUCUGACGUUCCUUCACCAUGUAGUCUCCACGUUAUUCAUAUUACAUUUCAUCUUUUUGAACUCCAAGGUAACCGUGUCGCUUUCUGAUAGGACAGUUGGUAGUUUUCCUCAUAAUGAAUAAGAAAGACAGUCUUUAUGCUUAAUGACAUGUGCAUCUGUUUUGAAGUCAGAGGUAACCGUGUCAGCGCCAAAGCUCUUUCUGAUCGGACAGUUGGAGUUUUCAUUAUAAUGAAUUCUAAGACAGAUGGGCUGUGUGCUUUGUCAUGUGCAUCUCUUUAUGUCAUUGUGACAUGAAGUGAUGCAUAUAUAAAGUGAGUAUAGAUGUGUGUUAUUUA